CAGCGUUACCAAGGGAGGCCAUUCAAAUAUUGCAGAUCAUUCUUUUAAAAUCGUGCAAAAAUUUGUAACAAUAUUUUAAAAACAACAUAGACUAGACACUAGAAAAUAUAAUCUAAGACUUAAGUUACAUUUAAAGUAAUAAGUAUUCGUGCACUAAAAAGUAUGAGUUCAUCAAAUAAUGACAAUGAAAGCAUUGAGGACAUACGUAACCACAGUAACAGAAGUAGUAUAAGUGGACAUGACGAAAGCAAACUACUUCAACAACAGGUUCAUUCAGCCAACAGCUGGGAAACUGCCGACCUGGGGGACAAAGAUCGCAAUGAGAAGUUUCUCCGACUUCUGGGAGCUGCAAAGAAAGAGCAUCAUGGGAAGAUUGUUAUAGGGGAUAGCCACUCGCUUCACAGACGAGAAAAAAAGGAAGAGCAGCACCUGACUGAAGAACUGACGGAGCAGUUUGAACAAAGUCUAGAAUACAGACUUGUAGCAGGGAAAAGGGGACAUCUGGGGCUAGGCUAUCAUACUGACUCAGUACAACCAAAAGAUGAUUCAGCAACAGACGCUCUUGUUGUCAGACCUAGUGCAGAUCAAACUGUUGAGGCAGAAGAGGGGCCAUCUGAAGAGGGGCCAUCUGAAGAGGGGCCAUCUGAAGAGGGGCCAACUGAAGAGGGGCCAACAGAAGAGGGGCCAACAGAAGAGGGGCCAUCUGAAGAAAAAGCAGGAAAUUCUGACUCUCCAGAACCUGUGACAAAAAAAAUGAAAUUCAUCAGAGAAUGUUCCUAACACACUGAAUCUCUCUAUCUGAAUCAUUGUAGCCAGCAUACACUCAGCUCCAGAAUCAUUGUAGCCAGCAUACACUCAGCUCCAGAAUCAUUGUAGCCAGCAUACACUCAGCUCCAGAAAAUUAAAAGUUAAAAAA